AGUACUUCAAGUUUUGUUGCAAUAAAGGCACUUCCGUCAUAUAUGGUUUUAGAAGUAUUACGGUAACGUGAGGCAGGGUGUGCUUUACUUUACGUCCGAAUGUACCACUCCGCCAACACACCGGGAAGGAUUUUGUUGUGACAGCGGUGCAGCGACCCGGCGGGGAGACGGUAAUAAGAUAGGAUUUUUUUCAUCUAGGAUCAGCUAUGGCCUUCAGCAAAGGAUACCGUAUUUACCACAAGCUGGAUCCACCACCUUACAGUGUCAUAGUGGAAACGAGGGCGAGGGAAGAAUGCCUCAUGUUUGAAUCAGGAGCUGUUGCCGUUUUGUCGGCGGCGGAAAAGGAUGCCAUUAAAAGUACUUAUACCAGGAUCUUUGAUGCAUAUGGAAUCCUUGGUGUUCUCCGGCUAAACCUGGGGGACUCCAUGCUCCACAGUCUCGUGGUUGUGACAGGGUGCAGCUCUGUGGGGAAGGUGCAGGAUUCAGAGGUCUUCAGGGUCACGCAGACAGACUUUAUAUCGCUGAAGAACGAUCCAGGUGAUGAGGACCGGAUUUCCGAGGUGCGCAAGGUCCUGAACUCAGGACACUUCUACUUUGCCUGGUCUGCUACUGGAAUCAGCAUGGAUCUAAGUCUCAAUGCGCAUCGCAGGAUCCUGGAAGAUACUACAGACAACCGCUUCUUUUGGAACCAGUCUCUGCACUUGCACCUUAAACACUAUGGAGUAAACUGUGAUGACUGGCUGCUGAGGCUGAUGUGUGGCGGCGUAGAGAUCAGGACCAUCUAUGCCGGCCACAAACAGGCCAAGGCUUGCAUCUUUUCUCGCCUCAGCUCGGAGCGAGCCGGCACGAGAUUUAAUGUGCGAGGAACAAACGAUGACGGACAGGUGGCCAACUUUGUGGAGACUGAACAGGUUAUCUUCCUAGAUGAUAAAGUCUCAUCAUUCAUCCAGAUCCGAGGGUCCAUUCCUCUUUUCUGGGAACAGCCAGGAAUCCAGAAAAAGUCCAUUAAGGGUGUUUUGUUGCACCUCAAUGAGAAUCGACACCCUAAUGGACUGGAUGAAAACCCCCACCUGGUGGGGUCCCAUCGUGUCAAACUCUCAAGGGGAUUUGAGGCAAAUGCACCAGCUUUUGAAAGACACUUCACUGCACUGCGAAGGUUGUAUGGAAAGCAGGUGAUCAUCAACUUGCUUGGAAGCAAAGAAGGGGAACAUAUGCUCAGCAAAGCAUUUCAGAGCCACCUGAAGGCUUCAGAACAUGCCACAGCAGUGAGAAUGGUUAACUUUGACUAUCAUCAAAAUGUGCGGGGUGGCAAGACUGAUAAACUCAGCAGUGUUCUGAAACCACAGCUGAAUAAAUUCAUAGACGAGUGUGGGUUCUUCUAUUACUCCGGGGAAAAAGGCAUUAUAAGGACUCAGGGAGGGACCAUCAGGAGUAACUGCCUGGACUGUUUGGAUAGAACCAACAGUGUUCAAGCCUUCUUUGCACUUGAGAUGCUGCCCAGACAGUUAGAACAAAUGGGUCUGACAGAGAAACCACAGCUUGUGGCCCGGUUCCAGGAGGUUUUCAGGACCAUGUGGUCUGCUAAUGGGGACUCCGUCAGUAAGAUUUAUGCAGGAACCGGAGCCCUGGAUGGAAAGGCCAAGGCUGGAAAGCUCAAAGAUGGAGCUCGCUCUGUGACACGGACCAUCCAGAACAACUUCUUCGACAGCUCCAAGCAGGAGGCGAUAGACAUCUUGAGGCUGGGAUCCACGCUUAACAGUGAUUUAGCAGACAAAGCUCGAGCCUUGCUCACCACUUCCAGUCUUUACGUCACUGAGCCUGUCUUACAAUCAGCCUCUCCAAGAGUGUUGCUAGGAAUGUGUCAGAGUCACCAUAAAUACACAAAGCCCAAGCAAAUUCGGGUCUGUGUCGGCACCUGGAACGUCAACGGGGGCAAGCAGUUUCGCAGCAUUGCAUUUCGCAACCAGACACUGAACGACUGGCUGCUGGAUGCUCCAAAAAAGGCAGGACAUCCCGAGUUCCAGGACAGCAAAGCCAACCCCAUAGAUAUCUUUGCCAUUGGCUUUGAAGAAAUGGUUGAACUGAAUGCUGGGAACAUUGUCAGUGCCAGCACUACUAACCAGAAACUGUGGGCUGCUGAGCUCCAAAAAAACAUUUCAAGGGACCACAAGUAUGUGCUGCUUGCUUCUGAGCAGCUGGUGGGAGUGUGCCUGUUUGUUUUUAUCCGUCCUCAGCAUGCACACUUCAUCAGAGAUGUUGCUGUAGAUACAGUGAAAACCGGAAUGGGCGGGGCCACCGGUAAUAAGGGAGGUGUCGCCAUCCGCCUGCUGUUCCACACCACCAGCAUCUGCUUCGUCUGCUCCCACUUCGCUGCCGGCCAGUCUCAGGUUAAAGAGAGGAAUGACGACUACAAUGAGAUCACUCGCAGACUCAGUUUCCCAAUGGGUCGUCUGCUGUAUUCACACGAUUAUGUGUUCUGGUGCGGAGACUUUAACUACCGAAUCAAUCUGCCCAACGAGGAAGUGAAGGAGCUCAUCAAGCAGCAGAACUGGGAUGCUUUAACAGCUGGUGAUCAGUUGUUGGAACAGAAGAACACAGGAAUGAUCUUCCGAGGUUUCAUUGAGGGAAACCUGGAUUUUGCCCCCACCUACAAGUAUGACCUCUUCUCAGAAGAUUAUGACACAAGCGAGAAGUGCCGCACACCAGCAUGGACAGACCGCAUACUUUGGAAAAGGAGAAAGUGGAACUUUAACAGAACAGCUGAGGAGAUGAACGUUGUAGGUGCGGCCUCUACAUCUGGAGAUGCUGAGGAUAAUCCAGAACAGGCCUGGAGCCCUGGGACUUUAAAGUACUAUGGCAGGGCUGAGCUCAAGACCUCAGAUCACAGGCCUGUGGUAGCAAUAAUAGAUGUGGACAUCCUGGAGGUGGAUCCUGAGGAACGACAUCAGGUCUACAAAGAUGUUAUUGCCCUGCAGGGGCCUCCAGAUGGCACCAUCUUGGUGUCCCUCUGCUCCUCAGGGCCUGAUGACUAUUUUAGUGAUGAACUCAUUGAUGAGCUGCUUGAUAAGUUUGCUAAUUUUGGAGAAGUCAUCCUCAUCAGGUUUGUUGAGGAGAAAAUGUGGGUAACCUUCUUGGAAGGUUACUCUGCUCUGGCUGCACUCUCUCUCAGUGGUUCCUCUGUCCUGGACAAGGUGAUUGACAUCCGCCUGAGGAGUCCAGGGUGGAUCAAGAGUCUGGAGGAGGAAAUGAGUGUGGAAAGGAUCUGCGGCAGCAUUCCCACUUCAGCUAGUUCGACCUUGCUUGCUGAAGACGUGGACGUGGGUGAUGAAGAUUAUGAUAUGGAAGGUGAUGUGGAUGAUGAGGUGGAAGACAUUCUUCCCCAGCACCUGCAGCCUGGAGCAGGCUCUUCUCUUGGAUCCUCACCUCUGCCGUCCCCACGCGGUAGUCCCUGUCCCUCUCCUACUCAUGGAGAACCCGCUGCUCCCAAUAGACCAAGUCGUGGACAACAACCCCUUCGACCAUCACAAGGGCCUCCUGUAGACUUCCAGCCUGGUGCUCCCACAGGUCCAGGCCUGGAGCCCAAGCGGCCUCCUCCACCUCGGCCCAACGCUCGUCCAGCUAGACCAGCUCCACCUCAACGCCCACCACCACCUUCAGGACCAAAGAGCCCUGCUCUUCCUCGGCCAGAUGCUCCUGCAGGUCGAGGUCAGGCAGGAGCUCCAGCACCUGGAGGAGCUUCCAGACCAAAUCUUCCUCCUCGAGCUGGAGUGAUCAGCAUGCCCCCUCAGUCUCGCCCUCAGCCUCCAUCUCACCCGGGUGCACCGCGGCCCACUCCUGAUGUGCAUCCUGGAGCCCCUCGGCCUAUCCCGGACACUCACCCCGGAGCCCCACGGCCGGUGCCCAGUGCACAAGUUAAACCACCAGACCUUCCCCUGGGUCCCCCACCAUCAGGACCGCCCCCCACAACAAAAGCCCAGACUCAGUCACCCAUGCAGCCUCAGCCAGCUCCCCCAUCUGCUCAGUCGCAGCUGCCACCACCAUUGCAGCCCUCACUUCCUGCUCCUCUGCAACCACAAGCAGCGCCGCCUGCUGCAUCUACCCCACCUGCUGCAGUGUGUCCUGGGCUUCAGCAGGGCCUAUCCUCUCCUAAGCCUCCACCACGCUCCCGAUCUUCUCAUGCUUUGCCACCUGAUGCUGCCAAGGCUGAGUCUGCCCCAGCUGCACAGACCAACGGACUAAAUGGAUUCCAAAGAGAAGCACAAUGGAAGCCUGAUCCCUUUGACUCUCUUACAUCCAACAUGUUCUCGUCUUCAUCAUCAUCCAGGCACACCACCCAGUCCCUAAACAGAGGCUCCUCUCUGCACUCUCCACCCUCUGUUCCUCUAUCUGUACAUUCCUCCUCUACUCUCCCCUCGUCCUUGUCCUUCGUUUUGUCAGACCUCCAAUCCCUGAGCUCAUCCUCCUCAUCCUCAUUCUCCACCCCGUCACCGUCAGCCACCCUGCUGCUUCCGCCUCCUCCGACCCCGUCUCGCAGCCGCUCCCAGGAGAUCCUGCGUGCUUCCCCGAAUCUUUUCCAGUCUGAGCCGCUCCCUGCCCGACCCAGCAGCACCAAUCCCUUCACAGGACCCCUGGUCAAGCAACCGCUGCCACAUCGUUCCCUUACCCCAGACUUCAGCCUCCAGCAUCCAACCCAAACGGCUGACUUUCAGAGGACUCUGUCUGCUCUUUCUCAACCACUUGUCCCCACCCUUGCAGCCGCACCGUCCUCCCAGCACAGUCAGACCGUGUCUUUGUUCGGACCGUCAUCCAGUCCCCCUCCUACUCAAGCUUCUCUGCUUCCUAUUGAUCCGUCUCCUGCCCUCACUUUACCGCUGGCGCUGCCCUCUUCCCUUCCUCCCGCUUUCGCGCCUCGGAGCCAGCCGCCGCCUCCCUCAAGAGGGAACCAACAGAAGCAGUGGGUCACUUUUGAUGAUGAUUCGAAGUUUUCCACAGCAACCAAAACACAACAGAACCCCAUGUUCUUGUCCAGUUCCUUUGUGCCCCAAACUCAAACUCAGUCAACCCGCUCUGUGUUUGACUCCGAGCCUGAGUGGUUAUCCACUCACAUCCCAAACAGAACUGUAACCGGUAACCUGAACCCCCCACAGGGUCCCACCAACAAUGGCUUUUUUCCUAGGUAGUCAGCAGUGGAAAAAAAAAAAAAAAACAUAAUGCCACCCCUCAGAUGUAAGAGGUUUAUCCAUAUAUGUAUAGAUCUAUGAUAAAUGAGUAAAUGUGUUUAUGUAAAAAGAAGAGACAAUAUUUAAGAAUUAUAGACCAAACCCUUCAGUUACAGGAAAGAGUUUAUAUCUCAAAGCAGUAUCAUGAGAAACACGCCCAGCUGCGUGUUUUAACGUUUAAGCUUCUCUGAUAUUAAAGGGGCAGUAUUAUGUAAAAUUGACUUUUUUGAGCUUUACAUCAUGUUAUAAUGCUACUUUCUCAUCAAAAACAUACCUGGGGUGUUGCUUUGAUUCUUUCAUGCAUGUUUGAGAAAUCUAUUAAUCUCCCAUGGCAACCAUUCAACUGUCCAUGAUGCUUGCUUUCACUCAGCGUUGUCUUUUCCAUGGAGCUCAGUCUUCAAGCCCAGUCUCCACAGUGCACCCCUCUCCCACACCUUUGCCACUCAGUUCCUUCAGACUAGUGGCAGCAACAAUUAGCAAACACCUGGCAGAUCUGUACAUGUGCUGGCUUAUUAUAUGAGCUAUUUAUCAGUGAAACACUGGUAAAAAAAAAAAAAAAGUUAAAGACUUAAUUGAGUUGUUGU